GCAGUAUUUCCUUUAUGUUUAGGGUGAGACAGAUGUAGAGAAGUGCACUUGCUGAAGUUUAUGUUUACAACUUAACUUUAUCUAACUGUUAUAUGGUUUUGAGUUAAAUAACGGCCAUGAUAAUUAGAUUCAUUUUACGCAAUGUAUACAGAAAUAUCUACAUAAAUCAGUUUAAAGCAUCUUUGGCUUUCAGUUCAAAUGCGAUAGAAUUAGGAAAAAUGAAACAAACUAAGAUUGAUCGUCAAACAAUUGAACACCUGGAGAGGCUAGCUUUAGUAGAUUUUGCCAACCAAGCAGGAAUUCGGAGUCUGGAAGAAGCUAUAGAAUUUGCCGACCAGCUCUCGGCUGUGGAUACAGAAGGUGUUGAACCGAUGAUCACAGUGCUAGAGGACAGAACUCUUUAUCUUCAAGAUGAUGUAGUUACUGAAGGAAGCUGUAAAAGUGAAGUUAUGAGAAAUGCAGUAAAAACAGAAGAAAGCUACUUUGUUUCCCCUCCAGGAAACAUACCUCUUCCACCUAAAACAAACUGGUAUGAUGAAGACAAUGCCUUUGGGAAAGACAGAGAUUCUGGAAAACUGUGCAAUACAUAAAAAUAGACUAGCAAAUCAAAAAUCCCUUUCAGUAACAUCUGUCCCAGUACAACUUUUGUUGUGAAUACUAACCUGCAACAGUGCUACCAUGAGUAUCCAUGCUCCAUUACCCUAAGAACUUUGGUUUCAGUAUCACUUUGCAACGAUAGGGAACAAAUAUUAGUAGUGUUGUACUCUUCUAAUAA